AUGGCAAGAGACGUAGGCCUGUGCUUUAUUUUCAUGGUGCCAAUUGCAGUGUUGGUUGCUUCUGACAAAAUCUGCUUCAUCGGAUUGGAAUACGACCAAGAGUAUGGCGUUCAACCCCGUUGGUUUUUACCCUACGGAGACCCGUGUAAAUGCACCGCCAUUCGUCUCGCUGGGCUGAAUCGCUAUGGGCCUAUGAUACCCUCGUACCUGCAAUCGGCGCCACUCAUGCUCAGUGAAGACCACGAGGAAAUCCGCUCAUUCUUUGGCUGCCCAGAUUUCCAAAGCAAGUGUUUGGAACCUUUUCCUUUGGGCCUUGAAGACGGCACCAUUGGUGAUCAGCAAAUUCAGGCUUCAAGCACCUACAGCGCCUACUUACCAUCAAAGGCGCGUCUGAACAAUCAAGGAAGCUGGACUCCCGACGUCAACGACGGUUGCUGGAUCGAGGUUGAUCUAGGUGAGGUUACCAUGGUAUCGGGAGUCAUCACCCAAGGUUCAAAUGCAAACCCCGACUACCGUGUCACUGCGUAUCAGGUCAUGUAUCUCAAAUCCUCAGAAUCUACUACGCACGAGCACGUAAUGGACAACAACGGAAACAUAAAGAUAUUCAUCGGGAACCUUGACGAUGCGAAUACUCCAAUCACUAGUCGCUUUGAUGAGGUUGUCAUGGCUACCAAACUGCGCAUUGUGCCAAUAGAGUGGUUCAGCGUCGGUCCUGGUCUGCGCUUUGAACUACUUGGCUGUCGUAUGUAAUUAACAACGAAAUAAUACACAAUACACAGUGGUUUAAAACCAUGCAUAACCCAGACAUCAUCGAUUUUCUUGAAUCAUCGUCAAAAAUAUUAUUGAAAACGAAUUCAAAUGCAAUCGAUUACCAUGUAGAAUAUGCUGCACGAUCCUCAGCACGUGCAUUUUUGUCAAAACGAUGUAGAUUUUGCUAUUCGUGAGAUUUACUCGCCGUUGGUGAGUAGCGCCCUCUGUUGACCAAUAGUGUACAGCGCGACAACAAUUUUUUUUUUAAGGGCGAAACAUCGCGGAUCUGGGACAACGUACGUUCAUUGCACUGUUUUGUGAAAUUAAAAGUAAGACUUACCCAUGUUUUUAUUCAAUCUACACAAAUAGGACUUAUCAAUUUACUGGAGAAUGUCCAUUUUCGAAGGAAUGCAGAGUAAUUUGUUAUUUUUUCCCUCGAAAUUUGGGAAAUAAAAUUAAUGAUGUGAGCGACACAGGUAAAGUAAUGUACGUUUUAUUCAGAUGAAUUUUAAUUCUGGGCUGUUUGGUUUUGAGGAAAAGAGGGCGAUCAUGGAACAUCAUCAACAUGUUAAUUCUAGUAUUUUUUUAUCCAAAAAAAUAAUAAUAAUAAUCAGAAGUACUUUUUAACUUACUCUAUUAAGUAUCGAUUAAAGUCUAUGUUGGGCUAAGGAAGGUUACAUAAAAGAUACCCGUUUCACGGUGUAUAGGGUGUUCCUUGCUCAUGCGAUCGCGAAAUCUGCCUGAUCUGACCGACCGAGAAACUCAUCAAGUCACACUUUUUUGUUUGUCACUGGGCCGCGUUUUGUAAAUUUGUUUCCAUUCAUUGUUGAUUCGAUGUAGAAUUUUUCAUUGGGGUCCAGGUUAUUAAUGGGCAACAUAAUGUGAAGCUAGUAGUAGACCGGUGCCCACGUUUUACUUUGAGAUCCCUCUAAAAAAAUCCACAUUUUGUAGCUUCGGCUAAUUUGUUUCUUAAAGAAAAAAACAGUUAAAAAGACCUUAAAUUUGAGACGAAAGGCUUGCACAGUUAAUAGGCAAACCAGGUUUUGCUGUAAGUGACUGUGAAAGUCAAACAGAAUCGUUCUGAAUGCUUUCCCCCACUUUAUAAUGAAAUAGAAAGAAC